AUGAAGGAGGACCGGAAUGCUCUUUACGAUCCGGCAUCGUCUACAAACCUUGAGGGCUCAUGGCACCAAAGAAUGAUGAUGUCGCGAGUGAUAGGCAACGACAUCAAGGGAGGAGAAAUGGACAUCGCACAGGGCUUUUGGGAUCUGGAGGAGUGUGAUCCAAAUACAUGCGGGGCCGUUGAGAUGGCUUGUCCU